ACAGAUGCCUUUUGUUGCAUGAAAAUCCUUUAAAAAAAAUUGUUGUUUGUCGUUGGUGGUGGUGAUUGUGUUGAUGAUGCUGUUGUACUUUUUAAUUUGUGAAAGCCAAAGGUUUCUUUCAGAUAGCGUGCACAAAUAUUGAUUUUUACUUUAUAUGUUUCUGUUUUAAUACUUUUUUUGUUAUUAGGGAAACAUUUCUGUUUACACCUGUAUCUGAAAAGAUUGCAUAUAUAAAUACAUAUAUCAUUCAUCUCUCUUCGUGAGUGUUGCUUUUGAUAUGACAAGUUAGUGUUUGUCACUUGUUUGUCCAGAUCCCUUUCAUUUUUCUAUCAAAGUACACCAAAACGGGCAAAUGAAACAACAAAGCACACACAGCCAGAAGGUAUGAUAGUCUGUCACAUACUGUCCUGAACAAAGAGUUGGGGGGAGCAUAUUGGAGCUACUGGAACUCUCUUGUUUGUGAAACAGAUGAGGCUCUAACAGUAGGGGGCUGAUUCAGGGAUUAUUAGAGCCUAGGGAGAGCCUGUAUGUGGGCUACUAUACAACAGAGGGGAACAGAGCACGGCAGAGGUAAACAAGGCCUUUAAUCAAUCAGCAGAUGUGUGAAAGCAGGGAACAGCCGAGAAAAAGCAGGAUGUGAGUGGAGGCCGCCUGCAGUUGGUAUGGGAGGUUAUAAGUAGAGGAGCUAACUGUGCCAGGAAUACGGAGCAGACCUCAGCUGUUGCACUGGCCCAGUCUGAUCCAAUUUGUCAGACCUCACCUCUUAUUUCUUCUCAUCGAUUGCCCUCGUUGUUGCCUCUGCCGUGUUUUCUUUCUCCGGAGCCAUGCAUCCCCAGCGUCCUCUUCCCCAGGCCAUGCCCUCCUCUUCUCUGGGACAGCACCUGAGGGACAUGGCCAUGGGUCUGGGAAGAGGCAAGAACUUCCUUGGAGGAAACUUUGCCUACGGUGUUAUCCAGUCCGUUAAGGAGUGCCUGUAUUUCCUCCUGUGUUGCUGGUGCAUCAAAGAGAUCCUGGACUGACAGACUGAAAGAGAGUAGAUCAAGUGGUCAAACAUUGAUUUUCCCCUUUUCUCCGUUGGCUCCUAUAGUGUAAUUUCAACCAGCUUUUAUUUCAUCGGGAUUGGAGUGUUUGAUCAGCGGUGCUGGCAAAGCAUUGGCAAUGUCUGUAUGAUGCUCUUCUUGGGAUCCAGGAAACACACUUGAACAUUUUCAGGAGCUACUUAUAUCCACUGAGAGACUGGGUCAGAGUUCCCUGAGUGCAGCCCUGCUGAUCUGAGAUUUUGAGGACUGGCAGCCCUGAUGUUCACUGUACAACACAAACUGGCGUGCAAUGAAUAAAAGCACUAAUGGCUAGAAAAAAGAUUACCUUUAUGUCUGCAUGUUUGUUCAUUUUGAUUUGGUUAAUCUUAUAGCCUAGUUAAUAUAUAGGCUACUGGACAGCUAUAAAAAUAAAGAGGUAGAAAAAUAAGUUGGUUUAAGUGACAAACUGAGCUUUUAUGUGACUUUACUGAGACUGAAAAGCUUGAAAGACAAACGUAUAAUCAUUUAUUUGUUAAGUAAUGUUUUGUCUUUAUAGGUUCAAUGUAUGACUUUUGUAAUGAACAAAACAGGUUGAAUUUAACAAGCUGUCUUCUAUGGGAAAGGAGUAUACUGUCACCAUAUAUGCCAACCCGGAAUCAACACAAACCUGUGGACUAGCAGCUUUAAACACCGAGGACUGGUGGUGUUAUCGCAUGUAACAUGUAUGUUUUACAUACUCGCCAUCACCUGCGUGUGUCAAUCAAUU